AUGAACGAAGAGAGAUAUGAUAAACUUAACAAAAAAAAUCAAAAUAGAUACAUAUGUUCUAUAUGCUUAAACCAAAAACCCUUAAAGGAAGACAGAAGCUUUGAAUGUGAUAAAAGAAAAUCAAAAUCAUGUCCCGUUUGCCAAAAAAACUAUAGUUCCGAAGAUGAUUGUGAGGUAGAAAAUUACUACAAAUGUAAUGUAAAGGUUGACAGAAAAGACAAAUGUGUGAAAAUUGUUCAAACAUCCCAACCAGACGUCACACAAGGUAUGUCGUUACUUAACGAAGUUCUAACAGUAUUUCAGAGUAAGAAACAAUGUGAUAUCAAAAGAGAUAAAUGUAAAACUAUUAUAAUGAAAGAUGCCAGUAUUAAUACUGAAGACUUGAGAAAAGAUUUGUCUAAACUAACUGUCAGUAACGUUUUCUAUUUCACAAUAGAAGAAAACAAUCAAAUGAACGAUAGUAAGUUUCAAAUAUUAAAUAGUCAACCAGAAACAACGAAAGCUUCUCAAUUUUCUAUAGACCUUAUGCAUCGUAAAUCAUCAUCGAUACCUCAAAUGAAAUUGGAGGAAUUGAAAAAAUCUCUAAAAGAAAAAAAUAAAUCCAAAGACGCUAUAGAAGAAGUUAACAGAAUGUUUGCAACGGUACGAAAAUGUGAGAUGAAUAACAAAGUGGAAACUCCAAACAGACCGAUGAUAAGGAGUGGUCCAAGAGUAUUGCCUGUUGUGAAAACACCCAAUGAAAAUACAGAAAUACAAAAUAGACUUGCGACUAAUUGCAGAUAUUGUCAGACCAAUUACAAAAUGUCCAGUGGCGAUUCAUUUGAGUAUAAUCAGAGAACGAAUGAUAAAUGUGAAAAUUGUUUUUACAUGAUGUGCUGCCAUUAUCAACAUAGCUUACAUUCUAGAACCGCUUGUCCUAAUUGUUGUAAGGACUAUAAACCUAAUGAAAAUACCAACAAUCAACAUCCAUGUACGAGGUUGUAG